CCCGCAUUUAUCCUCCCAUAAGGGCAUGAACGGCUCCGUAUCCAAGAAUAUCUGCCGACUAUCAAACGCCACUCCCUCUGGCUGCGCUCUUUUUGCGGCUGUGGUGGUGAGCAAGUUUCAGGCGUGUCUGACCCCUCGGCUCGGCUAGGAAGGAACUGCCUGCGAUUGCGACAUCAGCCAAAGAACGAGCGGAUUUCUAAGCUUCACUUACUUGCCCUCUGUGCUUUGUGACAGCUUUGCUUUUCCUUUUCUUGCGCAACGACACACGUACGACGGCGGUGAAUAAAUACUCUCUCUUGCCCGCAAUCUCUUUUCUUUUCGAUUCUUCCUCGAGAAAUUAAGAAGUUCAUAUUCGCCUACGAGCACCGAUCGAAUUAUUACCUACUCCGCAAUCAAUCAAACGAUCAAUCCGAAAAGAUGUCCGCAGAACACACAUACAAGUUCAACGUCAGCAUGAGCUGCGGCGGCUGCUCCGGCGCCGUGAAUAGAGUCCUCGGCAAGCUCGAUGGCGUAAAAUCCUACGACGUCUCCCUCGAUACCCAGACCGCCACCGUGGUCGCAGCCCCAGACCUCACCUACGAGACGGUCCUGCAGACGAUCAAGAAGACGGGCAAGAAGGUUAAUAGUGGGGAGGCGGAUGGCGAGGUUAAGAGUGUGGAUGUUGCGCAGGAGUAGAGGGUUGGAAGGGAUAGAAAGGGCGUUUGGGCUUGAUUGAUUGAUAAGUGCGUGAGCGAGGGAGGGGUGGAUACUGGACUGGACUGCGUUCCUAGAUGAGAAUACUUUGAGAAUGCAUGGGUUUUUUCUUGAAGCUGCGUGUUGCUGUGAUGUGUUUCUUGCUGUUGCUUUUGAUCUCUGAGGCUUUGGUGGUCUGUUAAGGGGAGAUACUUUGUGGAAGGGUUGAGUCUCAUUCUGCUGUUGUU